GAGUGUGGAUCCCAAUUUUGUUUUGUCCUCUCAAAUUUUUUGGCCAUGGGUCAGCAAAGCCAUUGAUGAGUGUCAGGAGCUGGUUGCACUGCAGAAUGUAGAUGGCUCUUGGACCCUCAGCUCAAGCUUAGCUUCUGCACUGCAAGUCGAUGAGGCUGAAAUCAAGGGAAAGAUGCCUGGUGAGGUCACAGAGCCAAGCAUCUGGGCCACAGUACUGGCUGUGACCUGGCUGCAGAAGAAAAACAGGUAUUAUCAAGGCCUAUGUGAGUUGCUGGAGGCCAAGGCUGUGACCUGGCUGUGCAGCCGAGCUGCGUCCCAGCUGGACAAAUGCCUGGAGGCAGCCAACACCCUCCUCGAGAGCAGCGUGGAGCUUGUUGCAGGAAAAGCGGCCGAAAACUUGACAGACACUAGUAUGGUCAGAUCAUGCUCCAUUUUAUUACCCGAAUAGCCUGACUUUUAUA